ACUUUAGGGGCACCGUAGAAUGCAACCUUAGAGGUAGCAUUAUCAUCUGCUUCCAUUUUCUUUUUUUCUCUUUCUUUUAAUUAAUACGUAAAUACUCGUAAUAAAGUUACAAUUUUUUUGCGCUCUGUUCUUCAUUUUAGUGUCGACAUUUAAUACUCCAAGUUUCAUUGAAGUUCUGGAGUUCUUGGAGAGAACUUAAGUACAAAAAGGCAGAUGAGUUAUACAAUCUAGACAUGGUUCUUGCACCUUUAACUUCAACUGUUUGCAAUGAAUCACCAUAAAUUCCUAAAAUUCAGUACGUUUUGAAAUAUUGUUAUAUGAAUAAAGUACAACGACGGGAGACAACUCAUUACUCCUUAUUUCAGAGUGAAUUAAAGUUUUUGUGAGCUACACUUUCUCUAUCUGUCGUCGAUCAAUAUAAAAAGUACAAGCUUAAGUGAAUCCCUUUUAACAAAUUGGACAAAGUGUUAAAUAAAUAUGAGAGAUAACUCAAUACCUAUUCCAUAUAAUUUUAUAUAUAUCGUGUGCUCGUCUUGUACAUUUAUCAGUAUGUGACAUUUCAUCUGCAAGUAACAUUUAUUAAGAACAGUUAUAUAUUUUGUUCUCCUGGCGACAAGCUAUUGUAAUUUAUCAUUCUGUGACAAUUCAUCUGCAGGUAAAAUUUAUUAAGAACGAGUGGGGAGAUAGAUCAGUAAUAAUUCCUGUUCUAUAUCUUGUGCUCCUGACGUCAUGUUAUUGUAAUUUAUCAUUCUGCAAGUAACAUUAAAACAAAGAGAGGAGAUAAAUCAAUAAAUAUUCAAGACAGAUAUAAAUAUGUUUCUUCCACUCGUAACUUCGUGGCAUUGAGAAUUGCAUUUAUUUAAAGUUUAACAAAAAUAUUUCCAGUAGUUCAAGUUAUGUUUCGUGCAACAAGCAAAAUUGAUUGAAUACAGACACAAACAUUGCUCUUAAUUCAUGACAUUUUACUGGCUAAUACAGAUAUAGCUACUUUUAAGCAGCAUAGAAGAUGUUAAAUAAGUUAUAGUCCAGUUGCUUUUAUUUUGGACCCGCCGUUACAUGACUGAAAUACUGUUGAAAAACGGCGUUAAACCCAAAACAAAAAAAAAAAACAAAAAAAAACAAAUUUAUUUUGGAUAAUGUCCACUGUCAAUUGUUUUUUUUUUUCUAAAGACACAGCUUGACAUCGUGUUACUAUAAGCUUCAUCCCGUGUUGUUAUAGCGGUACUUUUUGUUUAAUGUUAGUAUCUUGUUUUAAUCUUUUUCUUCUUCUCGAAGAAGUAAAAGCGCGAAGUUCGACAUUGGCAUUGAAAUCGCUGUAAAUGAUUAAUGUUAAAUGUACUUCUUGCAUUUUUCUGUGCCAGUCUUAUUUUGAUAGUCUGACAAAAUAAUGAUGACUGAUGCAUUUAUCAAAAGGUUUAACACAGUCACAUUAAUCUGUUUAAUUUACUUAUAUUCGUUAUUCGAAAAUAGGAGUUAUGAUAUGGAGGAGGACCAUGUUAUGUAGUGCAACUAAUGUAUUCCAAUAAAUGUAAUUGUCACAUUCAGGUCGUAUGGACAGAUCAGUGGUCUACGAUAUUAACCAUAAGUGACCAGCGUGUCAUUGAUGAUCCAAGGAUUAGUAUAAGCAGGCCUAACAAGACAGACUGGAACUUACACAUCAAUUGAACGGUUCUUAGUGAUAGUGGACAAUAUACUUGCCAGAUCAACACGAACCCUAUCAAGAUGAAAAUCAUUGUGUUAACUGUUCUAGUUCCGUCAAAGAUUAUAGAUGAGACAUCAAGUCGAGACCAGACUGUACAUGAAGGCGAAUCCUUUAGACUAUUAUGUAACGUCACUGGCGUCCCUAGACCUGUUGUUACUUGGUACAUGUACAGGAUGGCGGAAGAGAACUCCUCGCAAAGCAGAGAAAAGAUUGGAGGUUCUGGAGAGGUUCUGGUAAUCCAUAAUGUGUCAAGAUCCUUUGAUGGCAAAUAUGAAUGUAUUGCUUACAAUAAUGUUGGUCCGGCGGUUAGUAGAGAGAUUAUGUUGUCUGUAGUAUUUGCUCCAGAGAUUGUUUUGCCUACAAAACGUAUGGGUCAAUAUAUAGGUAGAGAUACCAUGUUAGAAUAUCAGAUAGCCGCCAACCCAGAUGCAAUCACUUAUUGGAAGAAGGUGGAUACUAACACUACUUUCCAGAGCCAGGAAAUAUUCCAGAUAAGCACUUUUCGUGUCUCUGUGGUUUUGACAAUUAAAGAUGUUCUGCCGGAAGACUUUGGUGAAUAUACAUGUUAUGCUGAAAAUGAGUUUGGACAGGACCAGAAAUCAAUGUUUUUAUAUGGUCAUUGCAUCGUUGAACAAGAAAUACAAGUGUGACGACGACGACAAAGAACCGAAAAAGUCUGCCACUCUACGCAAGUGACACAAAAUACUGUGAAAAAUGGAAUGAACAAGAAGAAAAUAUGGCGAUUGAUAGCCUAUUGAACGCUGGUUUCGAACGUGUUAUAAUUUUGCAGGCAUCCUAAAGGUAUGAUCUGAUAUACAGAGCGAUUGCGGAUGUAUCGUAGUAAGACUCAUGACUCUUUUGUGUUCAGCCUACAGUGUAAGUCUCUUUGUAAGAGAUUAUAAUAACUUUUAGAACAAUUUUACUGUUUGGUUUUCUGUAUUUUAAUGAUAUACAUCAAGAUAAAAUGGACCACUACUAAACGUUAAACACAGAAAAUGCGUUGGACAGGGGAGGUGGCGUUUGUUACGGAUCAGCGGAAAUUUGUGUUUAUUUUCUCUCGUACGUUUUAAUAUAAUUGUGUUUUUUUUUGUUUGUUUUUUCCCUUAUGAUUCUUUUGAUAUUCAUUUUUCUGUUGUUUAUAUGAUAUGUGAUUGUUGACUGACAUUUAUCACAUAACCACAGUAUUUUUUAAUAACAUAUAUAUAGUCUUUUUCAGGGGAGGGAUAAUGUUGUUAAAACUUCUGACCCAACACUUCUUUAUAUUUACAUUGAUGUAUUUAUGUAUGCUUAUUGUAUGUGUGUAUAUAGAAUAUGUAUACACGUACAAUAAAAUAUGAUUAAACUUAAUCGCAAAGAAUGAUUACGUAUUUUCCAACUAAAACCCCUAACACGGCUCUUCUUCCGAUUCAAAGAUCUAACUGUUAUUAAAAAAUUAUUCACUGUUAUGGUUUUAACCUUUACCCUGCUAAAUUAAAUUUCUAAACUGGACCGGUCCAUCAACCAAUUUGAGCAAUACCAUUAAUUAUUCAAAGGGGUGUUCACUGAACAUUUACUGACUAAAUAGCGAACAGUACAGACCAUGAUCGCUUGCCGCCAGCAGGCUAAAGAUUAAAAUCAAGACAAAGAUAUAAAAAAUACAUUGUCGCAUCCCGUAGUAAAACAUACUACUUAAUAUGGAACAGGUACGUUACAAUAAAUGUUAGAUACGUUACCAAUAGUGACAUUGGCACAGUUUUGUAAUCAGACUUCGAAUGAUUUUGUUUGUUUGUUUUGGGUUAAACGCCGUUUUUUAACAGUAGUUCAGUCAUGUUACGGCAGGGAGUAAAGCUAACCAGUCCUCCUGGAUUCUUUACCAGUACAACCCUGUUUUCGGCAAGUAACUGCCAACUUUCCCACAUGAAUUAUCAGAGGUGGAGGUCGAAUGACUUUAGACACAAUGUCUUUUAUCAAAUCGUCACGGAGAACAUUAGCCCCGCCCGGGGAUCGAACUAUUGAGCUGAGCGGGCGGGCUAAACUGCAGAUUAUAGUAAUCAAGUUCAAAUAUAGACAUAAAAUUGAGCCGUGCC